GCCCGGCGGGAGCCCGCGACUUGACGUCUCAGCGGCGGCGCUGCAGCUACCGGGCUCGGGCGCGCGAUCCGGCGGACCGAAGACGGCGGGGCAGCAGGGCGCGGGCGCCGCGGACCGGAGCGCGCCAGAUGAUGGAUUUGGACGUGCUUCUAUGAAGAAAUGCCACGUGUCUUUACUGAUCCAAGAACAAACAUGCCCAGACUACUGCCACCUUAGGGGACUAGGGCUGGGUGACAGCUUUUCCCAGGGAGUCAGGCAUCAUCUGAACCCAGGAGCAAGAAGCAUAUUAUCACCAAUGACAGCAUGACAGCAAGAGAGCACAGCCCUCGCCAUGGCGCCAGGGCCCGUGCGAUGCAGCGAGCAUCCACCAUUGAUGUGGCAGGUGACAUGCUUGGCCUCUCUCUGGCAGGAAAUCUACAAGAUCCAGAUGAACCCAUUUUAGAAUUCAGCUUAGCCUGCAGUGAGCUGCAUACGCCAUCACUAGAUCGGAAACCAAACAGUUUUGUAGCAGUGAGUGUGACCACCCCUCCUCAGGCAUUCUGGACGAAGCAUGCUCAGACGGAAAUCAUUGAGGGAACCAACAAUCCUAUAUUUUUAAGCAGUAUUGCCUUCUUCCAAGACUCCCUUAUCAAUCAGAUGACACAAAUCAAACUAUCCGUGUAUGACGUCAAAGACAGAUCUCAGGGAACAAUGUACUUACUGGGCUCUGGGACAUUCAUAGUCAAGGACCUGCUCCAAGACAGGCAUCAUCGGUUGCAUUUAACACUAAGGUCUGCAGAGAGUGACCGUGUUGGUAACAUCACGGUCAUUGGCUGGCAGAUGGAGGAGAAGUCAGAUCAGCGGCCUCCAGUGACCCGGUCUCUGGACACCGUCAAUGGGAGGAUGGUCUUGCCUGUUGACGAGAGCCUGACCGAAGCAUUGGGAAUACGAUCCAAAUAUGCUUCAUUGCGAAAAGAUACUUUACUGAAAUCGGUGUUCGGUGGUGCCAUCUGCCGCAUGUACCGCUUCCCCACCACGGAUGGCAACCACCUGCGGAUCCUGGAGCAGAUGGCAGAGAGCGUGCUCUCCCUACACGUGCCCCGGCAGUUCGUGAAGCUGUUGCUGGAAGAAGAUGCGGCCAGAGUGUGUGAACUGGAGGAGCUGGGGGAGCUAUCCCCUUGCUGGGAGAGCCUCCGGCGCCAGAUCGUCACUCAGUACCAGACCAUCAUCCUCACGUACCAGGAGAAUCUGACUGACCUUCAUCAGUACAAAGGUCCCUCAUUUAAAGCAAGCAGUUUGAAAGCAGAUAAAAAGUUGGAAUUUGUUCCCACAAACUUGCACAUACAAAGGAUGAGAGUUCAGGACGAUGGUGGAUCAGAUCAGAGCUACGACAUCGUCACCAUUGGGGCGCCAGCAGCACACUGCCAAGGUUUUAAGUCAGGAGGCCUCCGCAAAAAGCUGCACAAAUUUGAAGAAACCAAGAAACACAGUUUUGAGGAGUGUUGUACCUCAUCCAGCUGCCAGUCCAUUGUCUACAUACCACAGGACAUCAUCAGAGCCAAGGAGAUUAUCGCCCAGAUCAACACCCUGAAAACCCAAGUGAGUUACUACGCAGAGCGGCUCUCGAGGGCGGCCAAGGACAGGUCUGCCACUGGCCUCGAAAGGACACUCGCCAUCUUGGCAGACAAGACCCGGCAGCUGGUCACCGUCUGCGACUGCAAGUUGCUGGCCAACUCCAUCCAUGGGCUCAACGCAGCGCGGCCCGACUACAUUGCCUCCAAGGCCUCCCCUACUUCAACCGAGGAGGAGCAGGUGAUGCUCAGGAAUGACCAGGACACCCUCAUGGCCAGGUGGACGGGCAGGAAUAGCCGGUCUUCUCUGCAGGUGGAUUGGCACGAGGAGGAGUGGGAGAAAGUAUGGCUGAAUGUUGACAAGAGCCUGGAGUGCAUCAUUCAGCGGGUGGACAAGCUGCUGCAGAAGGAGCGCCUGCAUGGAGAGGGCUGCGAGGACGCCUUCCCCUGUGCGGGUGGCGGGGCCAGCAAGAAAGGUAACCACGGCAGCCACGCCUACUGGAUCAGACCAGAAGACCCCCUCUGUGACGCCCACUCCUCACCAUGCCCCUCCACCGUGUCUGCUGCAUGCCAUCCUCAGCUGACCACAUAUUGCAGCCCCCCUCCUGAAGAGUCCAGCCCAGGUGAAUGGAGUGAGGCCCUUUACCCACUGCUGACCACGCUCACCGACUGCGUGGCCAUGAUGAGCGACAAGGCCAAGAAGGCAAUGGUCUUCCUGCUCAUGCAGGACAGCGCACCCACCAUAGCCACCUACCUGAGCCUGCAGCACCGCCGCGACGUGGUCUUCUGCCAAACCCUGACCGCUCUCAUCUGUGGCUUCAUCAUCAAGCUGAGGAACUGCCUGCAUGACGACGGCUUCCUGCGGCAGCUCUACACCAUCGGGCUGCUCGCCCAGUUUGAGAGCCUGCUGAGCACCUACGGUGAGGAGCUGGCCAUGCUGGAGGACAUGAGCCUUGGAAUUAUGGACUUGAGGAAUGUGACCUUCAAAGUCACUCAGGCCACUUCCAGUGCAUCGACUGACAUGCUGCCUGUCAUCACAGGAAAUCGGGAUGGGUUUAAUGUGCGGAUCCCUUUGCCGGGCCCCCUGUUUGACGCCCUGCCUCAGGAGAUCCAGAGCGGCAUGCUGCUCCGGGUGCAGCCCGUCCUCUUCAACGUGGGCAUCAAUGAGCAGCAGACACUGGCUGAGAGGUUUGGUGAUACGUCUUUACAAGAAGUUAUCAAUGUGGAGAGUUUGGUGCGAUUAAAUUCCUACUUCGAGCAGUUUAAGGAAGUUUUGCCUGAGGACUGCUUACCGAGGUCUCGGAGCCAGACAUGCCUGCCAGAGCUGCUGCGGUUCCUGGGCCAGAACGUCCAUGCCAGGAAGAACAAAAACGUGGACAUCCUCUGGCAAGCUGCUGAGAUCUGCCGCCGCCUUAAUGGGGUCCGGUUCACCAGCUGCAAGAGCGCCAAGGACCGCACGGCCAUGUCGGUGACGCUGGAACAGUGCCUGAUCCUGCAGCACGAGCAUGGCAUGGCCCCGCAGGUCUUCACCCAGGCCCUGGAGUGCAUGCGCAGCAUUGGAACACGGGAGGUAGUCACCCAGAAGAACUUGAGCGGCCUGGUGCCCAUCCGAGACUUAAGACUAGAUCCCAGCCUCCUCUGUUCCAUCCCUUUAUUAGCUCUGAGCCCCAAUUUACUGAUUGUGUGGCUCUUUCUGAGCAUAGCAUACCUGGUGACCAAAUUGCGUUGCAAAUGAGUAUCAUUAUGAAAAAUUAAUAAGUCACAAGAAAACGAAAGUGCCAGGAUAUACCUAAAUGGACAGAAGGAAUGUGUCAAAGCGUGUUUGCCAAGAAAUAUUUCAUGCCUUACAGUUUGGCGUUUUGUUGUUCUGAACUAUAAAUACCUGCCAAAUUAUUUCACCAAGAGGACUUGCUCAUUUAAACUCUGUAGUUUUCAGUGCUUGUAACACGUUCUUACAGUGCCCUGUGACUGCACUGUUAGCUGGUCUGGAAUUACUUGUACCAAACCUCUUAUUUUCUGAUGUAAAGCUAUUUAUUACCUGUAUAUCACAUGUGCCCUGUUUCCAAGAGAAAGGAAUUCUGUCUGAAAGAAUUUGUAUAUUUGAUACUAUUCUUUAAAUGUACUGCUAACCUUUCCUUUCCUUUUGAAGAGAAACGAUAAGAAAAUGAUAGAUGCUUUAUAACUGGCUCAUCUGUAUAAGCCUAUUUAUUAGGACACUGACUUUCUGCUUUCAUUUCAAAGCGCAGUCCCUUAAAUUACAGUAGCAAACAGUUUGCAGAAUCAUAACGUUUCCUUGCUCAUAUUUAUUAUUUCCAGUUCGAGGUGACACAAAGCUGUGACUACAACAGCGUGUUGUACCAAGUCAGGCACAUAAGAAAACAUACUGCAUGUGACUUCAGAUUUACUCUCUUAAAUCUUUAAGGAUCAUUAAACUGAUUACAGGAAUUAAUACAUAUAUUAGCAGAAGGCUGUUAAAGUUAUAUACAUUUAUUUUUCUUGAAAUAGCAUUUUUCAUUUUAAAGACUGCAUCUUUAAAUUUGGAUUAAAGUCUGCACAUCUUUUAUCUCUACAAGUCAAAUGUAGUUAAUAAUGAAAGAAAAGGUCAAAGAAAAGUGACCAAGAAAUGAGGCUUCCCUUUUGGGCAGUUGUGCUAGAUGGAGCUGUGAAAGGCACAGAGUCACUCUGGUUUCUGCUCUUACCACUCUUGAUUUUAACAAGGCACUGUCCAUAAAGUGGGAUGAUUUAUAACCUUAACAUUCACAUUUGGCAGAAGUGUAGUUGUACACUUGUAAAGUUAACAAUGAAUUAGGGGGGGGAAAUUCCAGAGGCCCUGUGUAAGAAAUACUCGGUGGCUUCUCUGUCUUUCAGUUCAAAUUGUGUUAUGAACUCUUUUGGACCUCCAGCUGGUUCCUCAUACACUGUAUUUCAUGAAAUAUUUUUUACCAGUCAAGAAAAAUUGGGGUGAAUUUAGAAAAGCUAGUGUUUUUAAAACCUUUACAUCCAUGCAUGUACACAAACUCAGUCCACCACAGAGUCUUGCCUCUACAUUCCCUCUCCAAGACUUCUAGAACUUUCUCUGGGAUUUCUUUGGCAUGCGUCAUAUCUGAGUCUGGGUUUUAGUAAUCGCAGCAGCAGUUGGCAGUGAGUGAUGAGUGCUAGACUCAGGCUUCAAAUGCUAAAAUGGAAGCUAGUCCUCCUCACGCACCUGGGUACCCCUCUUUCCUGGACCCAGCAGAGCACUGCAGGAGCCCUGGGGCAGGCGCCACACCUGGGGAGACUCCAGUCUUCUCUCAGGUGCAGUGUUGGUUGCACUGUCUUUUCUAGAAUACAUGAGGUGGCUGUUCUGUGGCACAGCUCCUGAGAUCCUUCAGUAGGGAGCCUCUCUGCGAAUGCCAGGGACUGGUGGUGGUAGAUUGUAGAAUGUGACACUGGUUAUUAGGAGGGGUCCUGUCAGUUGUGAUUCUAGGAGAAGUGUGUUGACCACUUGCUCUCCUCUAGAUCGUGGUGCACACAUCAACUAAGACUCUUGUGUACUUUAUUUGAAGGAGGGAAAGUAGAAUCCACAGACAUGCUCAGUUCCCACUCACAGCUCCCGGGUGCCCCGCAGGAGUGACCCGUGCUGGUGCUUACCUCCAGGCCAGGCAGAAGCCAUGCACAGGUGACUACAGACAGCCUGCCUGCCUCUUCCCUGGGCCCAUGUGUAUACCUGUAACUCAUCAGAGGUUCGCACAACAAAGGAAGGCGAGGCCAGAUGGGGAAGCCCCUGCUUGGGGUCACAGGCAUGGACACCACAGCUGCUCCUUGGCUGUCGUGGAGCAGCCAGGCCUUCCUGCUGCAUGUGGGAUUGGCGCUAGGUUGAAAGGAUAUGAGAUGGAUAAGAGAGAAGAUGUGGUUCUUUGUUUUUCUCUUCAGGGACCGAGUUGAAAACCAGUACAUUCUAACUCUGCAAUCAUAGGCCAGCACAAUGGAGGACACCAUCAGCCUAGUGCUGUGGCCUGUUGGUUUUUGUUUUGGUUUUUUUUUUGGUAGAAUAUCUGAGAAAAGAGACUCAAUAUACCCACCCAUUGUGCUGAAUUUUAAUCUCAUAAGGCCUUUUACUCUAAAUCAAACUACAUGUGUAUCUGGAAUCUUUUCUGCUUUAGUGAGAAAUAGGCAAGAUGAAACAAAGAAGGGAAGAUGGCUCAAGAAAGGGGAGUCCCUGAGAUCUGGUGAUGAUUUUCAGGCGGCCUCUAAGCUGAUGCUGGUGCUGAGAACUGGUCACUCUAGACAUUCAGGGUCACUAAGACACCUGUGUAUCCAGAUGGGUCCUAAAGCGGAGGAACCCAGCAGAAAGGGAAAGCCAGAAGUAUCCCUAAAAUGAGUUGUCAUUUGGGUUUCCAUUCUAAUUUUUCAUUGAAAAAUGGAUGUUCCGAAAAAGAAAUCAUAUAGUUAAAUCAAUAAUUACCUUCUUUAACAUGUAAAUAAAAGAUAAUGUCAAAGUUCCAAAAUCAUUCUUUGCCCCUUAAAGGAGUUAGGCAUUUAUUCAUGAUAGGUGGUUUUUGAAAAUGGACACUUCUAUAUAAAUGGAGAAGCCCUAUCAGAAAUAGUCCAAUAAUGUGAGUUUCCAAAGAUUAAAUGAGAUUGUGCAUAGAACCUAGAGCUUCUGCUUUAAUUGGAAUUACAUUUUUAUCGGAUUAUUGGAUGUUAGACAGACAUGAUCAUUGUUUACUCUGGGGGCCCCCUCUUGUAUGGCCGAAGUGUUCAGCUCCGAUGACACAUCUCACUGAGGGUUUGAGGCUCUGAUGACAAGGAAGCAUAUUUGAGUUACUAAGUUAUUUAAUAAGAAGCAGGUGAAUACUUUUCUGAAAUACCCAUGCUUAUCUUUUGAAUAAAAUUAGUUUCCCCCAAAAUAUUUUACAUGUUCUUGAACAUGAAAAUGCUAUUUUCAAUUUAAAAGGCUCAUUGAGCACUUGCCACUGAUAUUUUUAAAAAAUGUAUGACAUAAUGGUGUUCAUACAAUUGUAAAUAUUUUUUUAAUCACUGUUUCUUGGUAACUCUAAAUUUUACAUCUCACAAAGGGGUUUUUGUACUAAAUUUGAUAACUAGUUAAUUUCAUUGGUAGUCUCAGAAAAUAUAAAAAUACAAUUAGACUACAGGAAGUCAUUUAUAUUGAGUUGCUUUUGCCUGUUAAUUUGAUGUCUGCACCAGAAUGCUUUCCAGAGAACUCCACUGAUGCUCUCAUUUGGGAACGUGAGGCCUGCCUGCCCCUCAUCCUCCUGCUCUGCGCUUGCUUUGCACACUGGGUUGCCAAGACAGCCCCCCCCAUCAAAUAUAGCAGGGACAGUGCUGGUCGUGGGUUCUCUAGGAGGGGCACCCGUUGGCUCUCACUGGCUUGGUGUAGGACUCUUCUGAAAGGUGACCACAGUGAGGGCAGUUCACCUGGAGAGAGUGGCUGGCUGCCACAAGGGGACCUCGGUAGGGUCACUCCUUCAAGAUACCCCAGCCCUGAUAGCCAUGCACACCCACCAUGCAGCACCACCUGGGACCACUGGAUUGUUUUGCACCCACUUAGGAGACAGCCCGUUAGUGCAGCCUUGUCAGCCACAUGGCUUUGCUACAUGUUGAAUUCUGCAAAGAAAACCAGCAUUUUGAAUUUGAGGUGACUAAUAGCUGUGGCUAACACAGAAAGAUGCAGUUCUUUAAAGGCUUUGGUAAGAGUCGCACUACCUUGUUUUCCAUUUAAUUUGCUAUAUAACAGAAUCUUUGUACCACUAGUUAGGAUAGAACCCUGAAAUAUCUAGAAACAAAAUACAUGAAACCAUUAGUUUUUUUAAAAAGUUUUCUUUCAUUUAGAUAAAGUGCUGCUUUCGCAAAUGCAAAACACGCAAUCCCACACACCUGUUCAUCGCUGUGCUUCUUAAUUGCCUUGCUCAGAACCCCACCAUCUUAUGUGCGUAUUGUUGGAAAUAGUCUGGCACCCAUUUAAAUUAACCUUUUUUUUAAUGCUAUAAAAAUAAUCAGUUCAUUCCAUCUUAGUUUAAGUCUUUUCUUUUUUUUUUUCCUUUUUUACUGCUGUCAUUUCUUGUGCUUGUUUUUUCCCCAGUGAGGGUUGUCGAAGAGAAAAUACAAUGAAGAAUGUUGGAAGUCGCAAAUAUGCGUUUAAUUCCCUGCAGCUGAAGGCUUUCCCCAAGCAUUACAGGCCUCCUGAAGGGACUUACGGCAAGGUUGAAACUUGAACACACGGUGUCCUCUAAUUAGCUGUUACAUAACAAAUGUGGAUACCCUCUAGUGUCAUAUAUGAAUUCUUCAAGAAGACCUGAAGGAUUGGUUUUUACUUUUGUGUUUUAAAAUAUUUCACUAAAGAGUCUAUGGAGCAUGUUUUUUAUUCCAUUGGAUCAGUAGGAGGUGAUGUUUGGCUCAGUAGUGUGGGUAGUAAUGACUGCCCCAUUAAACAGCCUGCAGCCAGGACCACAGAAGCGUCACUGGCGGUUGCCUCCAGAAAUCAAGCUAGGUAGGUCUGAAAUGCUAAAAAACUUUUUAAAUGUCCACUUAGGCAGCUGCUCACUUAUUUUUCUACCAAGUAACUCAAAAUUGAGCAUCGAAGUACAAUCCAAUUUACUUUUUAAAAAUCUGAAUGUAAAACAGUAAACAGUUGGAUCCUGGACAGACCAUAAAAUGUUACAUGCUAAUUCAAGAUUUGGGGAAAGAAGCUAGCUCUGGCUCAUGCAGCGAGAGCAGGUGGCUCUAAUGAAUUAUGUCUAUGGCAGUACUGGUGGAGCCAAGAGUUGAAGUAGAGGUUGAGAAAUGGCCUGAGAUAAGACUUUAUUAGAAGAUAACACUUACAAAGCCACUCACACAAUGGGGUCCUCUUCUGUCCCUUAUGCAUUAUAGAACAGGGUGUCUGCUUGAGAAUGGGAAGCCAGCUGUCUCCUCUCUUAUUUCCAUGUCUAGUGACCCAAGGUGCAUGUCCCCUUCUCGCAUGGAUCCUGAGUUGCAGCACCCCAGGACCUCACAUGGGUAUGGCUGAGGCCUCUCGCAAUAGUGGAGAUUUAUGUGUGUAGAUGGUGGAAGCCUGAAUCUUUUCAGAUCAGAUGUCCAUAGUGGGUUUACCUAUUUAUUGUCUUCUGAAAGACAAUAUAAUAUUUGACUGAUUAAAGUAUCUUUUAGGUUUGCAAUAAUUGUUACUAUCCUUUUCUCAUUCUGUUAUGUAAGGUGACUAUUGAGAAAGUUGAAAUUAGCUCCUAAAGUGAGAUUGUUGAAAGGGAUUAAUGGGCCAUAAAACUUAGGAAUUUCAUAGAAAAUGAUGUCUGGUCAUCUAUUAUAAGAUGAUGAGUCUUAUCUGUACAUAGCAGAGUUUUUUUCUUAGUGUAUAUGUUUUAUCAAUUCUGUUUAUUAUGAUGAUUGUUUAUGUUUAUUUAAAAGGCUGUAAAAGGAAUAUAUUUGGCACAUUCAUGAUGCUAAUUCUAAUGAUUGGUGCACUCUUAGGAAAUUCCUGUGCCUACAAUUCUGGGUAUUAUUCUUUGGGAUCCUUUAGAAAUGCCACUUGGAAAUGUAACAGCCUGGGAAACUGAGGCACAGCCAGGAAGGACCACCUGUGGCAGGGACACACAGGGUAAGCAGCUGGUAAAGGUGGAACUGGAUGACCUUCCAGAUCCCUCCUACUUGGAAGUCAGUGCGCAGACAGCCUGCUGUGUUCUGAUUUCCGAUGGAAGGAACGUUCCCACUGGUCAAGUGUGCACUGGUGUGGAAGACACAUCAGUGAGGGACAGUUGGAGCUCACCAUCUCUGUCAAAGCUGGAUUCACUGGAGCGUGGUGGCAGAGAAACCCACGUCCACCAAACCCACUGCAGAGGUGGCAGCAGCUGGUGUCAGGCUCUCUUGUUGUGCCAGUCCCUGUUCAGACAGCUUCCAAUAUGGCUGGUUAGACUUUUACCUGUCCACCAUUUCAUUUAAUUUGUAAUGUUUCUAGUAUCUUUUACAUUUCCAUCUUUUCUCAUUUCAACAUCACCACCUUUUAAAAUAUUCCCUUGUCUUUUUAAAUUGUCACCCAUGUUGUCUUCAGAAUUUUUUUUUUUCUUUUGGUCCGUAGAGCAUUAAAUAUCUGUGUUUAUCAAAAGGGAAUAUGGCAAAUGUUGAGUCAGUUGUUGCAGUUUUGCAUGUGGCACUUCAUUGUGAAUUAUUUUUCCAAUUUUGUCUUCAUGUUAUGGACAACCAUGAAACCCUGACUUGGCUAAUCACGUAGAAAAUAUUUGGGUUCCAGUAUUCUGUCUGAGCACUGCUGCUGGGCUCCCAUGUGACAAGUCUCAAAGGGCCUCACACACUUACCAUCCUUGCUGAGCAAGGCAUGUCGUCACGGUGGCCAGCAGCUCCUUGGGACACGUAGGAGCUUUGAGUUUUCGGUUGUACAAGGAAGGCAGUCUUGCAGGAUGCCAUAAAAUAAGAGGUUUCAUCCAGUGUUCCUUGUAAGGCCCCUACUGAAUAAGAAAUGUUGAGACAUACUGAAAACCCAGGAUGUGCUAUGGGUUCUGUCAAAGCACCUGCAGCACAGAUGCCUUCGGUUUCCUUUAAAAUAUACAAAUAUUGUAUAAUAGUUUGUCUCUACACGAUUGUAUUUACCAAGCUUAGUGCAUUAAAGUACUUUUAUUUAUUUGUUUUGGACAGUAUUAAUAUAUAUAUACACAUGUAGUUACCAUUUUAUAUAUUCUUAGCUCAUUCAAAGCCAUGUAUGCUGUAAAUGUGCUAGUCUUUAGAAUGACAAAUAAUAAUAAAUAACUGACAAGAACAUUAAA